AUGGACAGACGAGGCACCAUAGGCGCGAAGCCUGGUGCAAGGACGGAAGAGACGAACAGAUCUAGCCCGGCCACUUCGAGGCUGGCGGGAAGCUCGAGGACGACGACCGCCUCUCCCAACUCUACCAGAUCAAGCGCGUUGUCCACGCGAACCACGGGAAGUACCAUUAGCAAACCUCCCACGCGCCCGACUGCUACAUCUGCACGCAAGGCGAUAUCAAGAAGCAGCGAAGAGAGCGUACGCGAUGUUGGAGAGAACAAGAGACCCACACGCACACCCAUAACCACCUCCCUCUCCUCGCGCACACCACGACAAGACGGCACCACUGUGAGGCGCACGACCCUCGGUGGAAGCACCGCGUCUGCUCCCCCUCGGCGGCCGCUUCCCACCCCUUCUCGAACAGCUACAUCCACCGAUUCCUCAAGAUCACGCACAUCCACAGUCUCCACAUCUCGUACAGCCAAAUCCCCAGCUGUUGAAUCGCAAAGCUCCAAUGGUGCAAGCAGACCACUGUCUCGCGAUGCCAUCCCCGAAGAGCCCGAGUCUGACCUUCCCUCUGGCUUCGUGUACGCUGCAGACGCCCCGAACUCCACCAAAUCCCCUCCCAAACUCGAAAUCCGAUCGAUCAACAUUUCCACACCGCGCCUAAAACCUCGAGCCGAGUCGGAUGCAGAAGUCGAGAUUAGAAAACCUCGGCUGGAGACUGGCCAUGUGCGAGCACAGUCCGCUUUCAUCGGCCAAUCGCAUGGCGUGCAAGAGAAGCAGGUUAUGCAGAAUAUGCUACGAGAGAGCGCUGUGCGAGAUACCAUGACGGCGGAGCUUGAACGCUUGCGGGCUGAGGUUCAGAGGCUCACGGCGGAGAACGUCACGCUUCACCAAGCAGCCACCACGGCAUCACGGAUGAGCAGCCAGGAGAGUACGGAGGCGACUCAGGAGGAUGUCGAGCAACUCAAAGCAUCUCAUCAGACCGCCAUCACCGCCCUCGAAUCUACACAUUCCGCAGAACUUGAGAAGAUUCACGCUGAGAUUGAGCGGCACCGCACGCAAUCUACCAAGCUUGAAGGCGUGGAGUCUAAGAUCAAGGCGGUCGAAGAAGCGCUGAGGGAUAGCAAGGCACGUGCUUCCAAGAACGAACAAGAGCUACAGCAAACGAUACAAGCAAAAGACGAGGAUCGCGAACAGUUGGGCCGGGUGAUUGACGAUUUGAAGGUCGAGAUUGACCGAUGUCAGAAGCAACUCGAUGCUGAUGUGGCGAAAGAAGCACAGGAGAAGCAACAGGCGGUGCGGGAAAUGGAACAAUUGAGAGAAGAGCUUGCAGAGGAGCGGAGGCGGAAUGCGGAGACUGUUGCAGGGAUCGAGAAGGAGAAGUCAGAGCUUCAAAGCGAGAUUGACAAGCUGCAGGAGCAGACAACUACAGUCAAUGGCGCUCACACGUCAGAGUUGAAGAGCACACGCGAACAGGCGCAGCAACAAGAGAGUGUCGCCAAUGACCUCCGAUCCGAGCUGGAGAAGCUGCAGGAGCAACGAGACCUUGAGCUCCAAAGAUCUGAAGAAGCAAACGGCGAUUUACGAAGUGUGGUCAAGGAUCUGCAGGAGCAACUUGCCAAGCUACAACAAGACGACCACGACGGAACUAGGGUCAUCGAAGAUCUGCAGAACCAACUGCAGCAACAUCAACAGUCCCAGCAGGACAUUGCCUCGACUCACGAUGCCGAAACACAGGGACUUCGCGAGGUCAUUGAGGGUCUGCAAACAGACAAUGCUCGACAGCAGCAGACGCAUCAAGACGCAAUCGCACAAAAGGACAAAGCUGCCGAGUCACUGAACGCUGUGAUUACGGACCUGCAAGAGAGGAGCGCUCGUCUGGAGCAGUCGUUGGAAGAUGCCCGCGUUUCAAAGAGUGAAACAGUCACGAGACUGAGCGAGACGAUUCAACAGCUUCGUGAAGAGACUGCCGCUCAUAAGGAACGAUACGAGGAAGACGCCAGCGCGAAGGAGAAGGAGAAUGCGGAUCUGAAUCGCGUGAUCCUGGAGCUGCAAGAGGAGCUAAAUGAAACACGCACGGUAGCAGGGGAGGCUAGAAGGAACGCCGAGGUCGAGUCGAGUCAUAUGGGCGGUGUGGUGUGCGGCUUGCAAGAUGAGGUGCAAGCCCUGCAACAUCAGAUCCAUGACGCGAAGAGCGAGCGGCAGAGUGCUCUCGCCGACUUGCAAGAAUUGAAAGACCGCCACGAGGUGACCGGCAAACAACUGGAGGGAAUUCAAGCAGAAACGGAGAUGUUGCGGCAACAGCAGAGCUCUCAUCGCGUGGACGUGCUGUCGAAAGAAGACAAGAUUGAGGAGUUGCAGACCUUACUUGCCGACGCGGAGAAUGCUAAGAGCAAUGCCCAAAAGUCGCUUGAGAGUUUGCAAGACGAGAUGAGAGGGUUGCAGCGUGUGGUCGAGUCGAUCGAACAAGAUGCGGCGGAUAAGGAUAGACGACAUUCGCUCGAGCUGGUCAAAGUGCGCAAGGAGCUGAUUGCGACCCAUGAGACUCAAGUCCAGGAUCUCAAAGAUGACCAUGCGGAGGCAGUUACCGCCCUGCAGCAAUCACUGUCUUCUCAGAACGCAACGUCGACUGAAGAGUCGCAGGAAAAGUUCGAGAGUCUUAUGCAGGAGAAACGCGACCUGGAAAAGCGAUUCGGCGAGGUGGAGAUUCGACACAAUCGCGAGCUGGAAGAGGAAACCCAGAAGCACGAAGCGGCGUAUCAGGAUUUGCAAAAGGUGCUGAAGCAAGCGAAGGAGAGCCAGACGAGGCAUGCGGAUGCGCAGGUGAAGAAACACGAAGAGCAGUACCGCGAGUUGCACGAGUCUCUCACCGCGCUCAAGAAGAGCCACGACGAAGCGAUGGAGCAGUUGACGGCAGAACACGAGCAUAAAGUGCAAGGGAUCAUGGCGAAACACGUUGCGCAGAUCGCCGAGGUCGAAGAGGAAGCCGCUCAACGUGCAGAGGCUGCUGGGGUUGCGCGAGAUCGGAUCCACGGGGCGAGACUGGCCGCGUUGGAAGUCGAGCAUGCAGAGGCUCUGGCAAAGGCUACGGGCGGCUCGUGUUAUCCGACAAGCGAUGCGCCGCUGGUCGAGAACCUGAAGACAUCUCCAAGAGGUUUGUCGCAUGUCUUCGUCAACCACGCAAAGAUACGACACGGGAGUGGUCAGCAUGUUCGCAACCGGCUGUCCGAAACACCUCUGGCAUACGCAUCGGAAGACGAUGAGCUCGCUUCGCCGACUCCAGUGCCGCGAAAGCCUGACUCCAAGGAGGAUACGCUGGUCACGAAAGUCAAAUCCUUAGAAGAGGAGAAUGUCAUGUUGUCCACCGCGUUAAAGGCCGCCGAAGCCAAGCUUGCAGCAUUCGAGCAAGGCAAGGCCGAAGCAGCACACCCGAUAGCGACAGGCUCGCCAUCUAUGAGCAGCGAGUCUCCUGUGCACGUCACUGCCACAGCUACCGAAGACCUUUUCGCGCCGAAAGCCGGCGUAUUGCCCAAGUCUGAUCCUCACACCGCCCACGCUCCGGCCACACCCAAAAAGGCCGGCUGGAGCGGGCACCCGAGCCUCACAGGCAUGCUCGCGAGUCUACAAGUGCAGGCCGCGCAGUUGAUCGAAGUCAGUGAUGACAUGGCAACAGAGCAACAGCGACACCUCUCGGACCUGAGUGCGAGGCGGAGCAAACAUUCCUCGCCUUUGAAGGCUGCAUCCUAG